AUGCUGCUCCCUACAGGCGUCUGCGAGAACCUAGGCUCCCAUUUCUCAAGGCCUCCCUCCAGACAGCCUCCCGUCACACCCUUCACACCCCUCACUCCCUUCACACCCCUCAUUCCCUUCACACCUCUUACACCCUUCACACCCCACAUUCCCUUCACACUCCUCACGCCCUUCACACUUCUCACUCCCUUCAUACCCCUCACUUUCUUCACACCCCACAUUCCCUUCACACCCCUCACUCCUUUCACACCCCACAUUCCCUUCACACCCCUGACUCCUUUCACACCCCUCACUCUCUUCACACCCCACAUACCCUUCACACCACUCAUUCCCUUUACUCCCCUCACUCCCUUCACACCGCUCACUCCCUUCACAUUACUCCCACCAAUCAUACCAAUUCUUUCCUCAAAAAUUUCUCUCCAUGCAACGUCGCUCACUCCGUCACCUUUCAUAUCAUGCAUUUCUCAACACCCUAUCAUAUUACCCUUAUUUUCUUCCAUCUUCUCCCUCCUUCUCUUCUCCCUCUCCCUUUUUUCCCCUCGUCCCUUUCCCCUCGUCCCCGACUACCAAAUCCCACGGGCGCUGGGCCUCCAUCUUGGCGCGGCAGCCGAUAACGGCAAACUGCCAACCUGCCUCCUGAUGCCUCAUGCACUGCAGCUCACAUCUUCACCCCUUCACUCCCUCAGUCUCCUCACUCCAUGCACUCUCCCUCGCUCCCCUCACUCCCUGCACUCCCCUCACUCCCUUCACUCCCCUUGCUCCCCUCACUUUUCUCACUCCCUCACUCCCUUCACUCCCUUCACUUCCCUCACUCCCCUUCACUCCUCACUCCUCUCACUCCCCGCACUCCGCUCACUCAUCUCACUCCCCCUCACUCCCUUCACUGCCCUUGCUCCCCUCACUCCACUCACUUCUCUCACUCCCCUUCCCUUAGGCCUGAUUCUUUUUCCGAGGGAUUUUUUUUUGCCCUCGGACUCCGUCGCUGCCGCAGCUGAUUUGGCCGCAGCCGCUGCUACGUACUCGCCGGCUCGUCUUGCCGCUGGUCGCCGCCGCUGA